AUGACUUCCACCGAAAACCCCAAAUGGUACAAAUACCAGCCCCUCCCACCAGGCCACAUAAUAAGCCUCCUCAAACUCCACGCCAACGACCCCACUAGCGCCCGCCUCGCCCUCGUCAACAUCCUCUCCCGCCCGCUCGCUUCCGGUCCAGACUACGAAGCCAUCUCGUACGUCUGGGACAAGCCCCCCGUCUGCGUCACCAUCAGCAUCACCAUCGCCUCCUCUGGCUCGACUACCGCGGUCUGCAUCAACCACCUAGCACCCCACCCACCCGACCCUGCCUGCCGCGCGGCUGAGGAACGGGGGGCCGGCCAGGUCGGCGCGGGUCGUCGUCUUCUCCUGCAUUUCGGGCUGGGGUGGCGGCGGCGGCGGUACGACGCGGGCAGCGGAUUCAACAACGGCGGCGGACGUGGACGAUCUAGUAGGAAGUCAUGA